AGGGUUUUACAGAGGUCUAGUCGUGUAGGGCGUGGCUGCGCGAGCAGCGCUAUGAGCGAGGCAAUGGAGGCAUCUGUGGAGCUCUUCUGCCGAAUCGGUAUCGAGGAGACCACUGCGCAGAACAUUAUGGUGAAUCCGAAGGUCAGGAGCAGUGUCCUGGCUGUGAUCAAGGAGGCAGGUGUGCAAAAUGGCUGUAACAAAUCGGUUGGAAACGUGCUGUACACGGUUGCAACCAAGUACCCGGCAAACCGUGCGAACGCUCUUCGUCAUCGGCCAAAGUUUUUGAGCUACGUUACUUCUGGAAAGAUCAAGAGCCAUCAGUUGGAUGCGGCCUUUCGCUAUUUUUCUUCCGAUCCAGAAGAAUUCCUGGUGGAAGAUUUUGAGAGAGUCUGUGGUGUCGGUGUGGUUGUCUCUCCAGAGGACGCGGAGCUUGCUGUCGAGAAAGUGCUGGAAAAGAACAAAGCGAAACUACUCGAUGAGCGCUACAAAUUUAAUGUUGGGAUUCUACUGGCACAAGUGAGGGAGUUACAGCCGUUUGCGGACUUCACAUAUGUCAAGAAAGUGAUAGACAAGAAAAUGUAUGAACUCCUGGGUGAGAGAACUGCAGAGGACGACGUGAAAACCAAGAAGAAAAAGCCAAAGCCUGAGGAAGUCAAGAAGGAAGAAAUUCUCCCUGUCGAGGAAGUAAGCCCCUAUUCAAUAUUCCCAAAACCGGAAGACAAUAUCGGAGUUCACGUGGAAAUAAGAUUCAGCGACGGAACAGUACUGAACCCAGCGAAUACGAAAGCUAUCCUUGAAAAGCAUCUGAAGGCAACCGGUGGAAGAGUCUAUACCCGUUUUCCUCCUGAACCAAAUGGUUACUUACACAUUGGACAUGCUAAGGCCAUGUUCGUCGAUUUUGGAUUUGCAUGCGAUGCAAAUGGCUGCUGCUACCUGAGGUUUGAUGAUACGAAUCCAGAUGCCGAAAAAGAAGAAUAUAUUGAACACAUAAAAGAGAUUGUAGAGUGGAUGGGUUGGAAACCGUUCAAGAUUACCUACAGCAGUGAUUACUUUCAGGAGCUUUACGAGCUUGCUGUAGAGCUGAUAAAAUCUGGUCACGCCUAUGUUGAUCAUCAGACGGCAGAUGAGAUAAAAGAAUACCGUGAAAACUUCAAGGAAAGCCCAUGGAGGAACCGGCCUGUAGAAGAAUCUCUGGAUCUUUUCGAAAAGAUGAAGGCUGGGUUGAUUGAGGAAGGGCAAGCUACACUGCGAAUGAAGCAGGAUAUGAAAAACGAAAACUACAAUAUGCUGGACCUUAUUGCUUAUCGAGUAAAGAAAGCAUCACACCCUCGCACAAAAGACAAAUGGUGCAUUUAUCCAAGCUACGACUUUACACACUGCAUCGUCGAUUCACUGGAAAAUAUAUCCCAUUCGCUGUGUACUUUGGAGUUUGAGUCUCGCAGGGUAUCGUAUUACUGGCUGCUAGACAGAUUAAAUCUAUAUCUACCGUAUGUAUGGGAGUAUUCACGGCUGAACAUGACGAAUAAUGUGCUGUCUAAGCGGAAGGUAAUUUUUUUUCCUACUGUGCGCGUUUUGACCUCCUCAUCCUUGCAGCUAAACCGAUUAGUAACAGAAAAAUAUGUGGAUGGAUGGGACGAUCCUCGGCUUUUGACAUUGGCUGGUUUACGUCGACGAGGAAUGCCGGCUACUGCUAUCAAUGCUUUCUGUCGGUCUAUAGGCAUCACGAGGAGUGACAAUCUUAUAAGAAUGGAUAAGUUGGAACAUUUUGUUCGGGAUGAAUUGAACAAAACUGCUCCAAGAACUAUGGUGGUUCUCCAUCCACUGAAGGUUGUCAUUGAGAAUCUGGAAGCUGCUGAAGAAGUGGAAGGCAAGAGGUUGCCCGAUGACCCGUCGGCUACAUACAAGAUGCCAUUUACAAGAGUUGUAUAUAUUGAGCGCUCCGACUUUCGGACGAAGGAUUCCAAGGAUUUCUACGGGCUAGCCAAAGGAAAAUCAGCCUUGUUGAGAUAUGCGUACCCCAUCACGUGUGUCGACUAUGUGUGCGAUAAGGAUGGCGAAGUCAUUGAAAUAAGAGCCACGUACGACGCCAAGAAAAGCAUCAAGCCCAAGGGCGUUCUCCACUGGGUUCCCGAACCUGCUGAAGGAGCGCGCCCUCUCGAAGUUGAAGUGAGACUCUUCGACAGAUUGUUCCUGUCAGAGGAUCCUGCGGAACUCAAAGACACUUGGCUAGAGGACCUCAAUCCCCAUUCAAAGCAAGUCAUACACGGGGCAUUCGCUUUGGAUAAUCUGCGGACGGCGAAGCCGGGGGAUAGGUUCCAGUUCGAGCGAACAGGAUAUUUUUGCGUGGAUCCCGACUCCUCGGCGGAGAAACUAGUUUUCAAUCGUACAGUUACACUGAAAACAUCGUAUCCAUAGCCAUUAUAAGUUGAUCAAAUUGUUAUCUCGUGCUAAGUCCAUGUUGCAAGAAUAUACAGAACAGAGAGAGAGUCCCUAUCUACAUGCAUUAUUCCGUCCCUCUAGUCUUGGGUCGGACCACCUGCUGUAAGUGACGUAUGGAGUGAGUGAAGACACUCAACACUCUAUGCGAGUGAAGACAUGCAAAAGAUUGUUUGGACAUCC